AUGAGCACCCAGGACAACUCACCCAAGGUUGCAACUGAAGCCAAUGAGAACCUCGAGAUCAACAUUUUGCUUCUCAAGCUUAUACAAGCCUUUCAAGCAAACUCAAAAACUGAUGUUGACUCCCUCAUUGAAAAAAAUGCUAGCCUUAUCAAACUCAACAAAUCACAAGGACCACUCGGACCUAAUGACAUUUAUAUCCUUCACGCUGCUGUUCAGGUGGCUUCACCAGAAAUGAUUCGCCAUCUUCUUCACAAGUUCCCCGAUGCUCCUGCGUUUGAUAUUAACGCGCCUGAACCACAUACUGGCAAUACCCCGCUUCACAUUGCUGCAAAGUUUGGCCGUUCAGACGUCGUCAUGUACCUUCUUUCCUUUGAUGAGAAAAUUAACGACAUGCUCACAAACAAUGAUGGUAAACAGCCUGUUGAGGUUGCUCGGACUCCGGAACUUGCCGAAGCAAUGCAAGUCGUAAGGGCUCAGUUUUUGGAAAAGGUUGCUACUCGCAUGAAGAAGGCUUUUACACGAAGUGACAUUAAAACCUUGGAAACAAUCCUUGCUAACCCUCGCGCAAAUGCACUCUUGGACAUAAACGGUCAAAAUCCGGAUACCGGUACUACUGUGUUGCAUGAUGCUGUUCGAGCUCGUAAUGUCCCCAUGGUUGAAUUUAUUUUGUCUCAUGGUGGCGACCCGUUGCUUCGAAACUCUAAAGGUGUUCUACCAAUCGACCUUACAAAGGAUGACACUAUUCGCAGACUCUUGAAACAAAGCACAAAAUCUCAGCAAGUUGUUUUGCAAUCAACUUCUAUAAACCCUGCUCUUUUAAAGAAUCGCAACCAAAAAUCUCUGGACAAAAAGCAAGGUGGUACAGAUGAUUCUUCAGCUGGAGCCCCUGCUGAUCAUCCUUCUUUAAUGGGGCCACCCCCUACAAUGAAAGGAUUUUUGAAGAAAUGGACAAACUUUACUAGCGGCUACAAGUUGAGAUGGUUUGUUCUUGAGAAUGGUGUCUUAAGUUACUAUAAGCGCCAAGAUGAUACUGCCAAUGCUUGCCGCGGCUCAAUAAAUAUGCGAAACGCACGUCUGCAUCUCGACUCGAGCGAAAAGCUUCAGUUUGAGGUCCUCUCGGGUACUUCGGUCAAAUUCCAUCUUAAAUCCAACCACCCCAUUGAGACUAAUAGAUGGGUUUGGGCUCUUAACAAUGCCAUUCAGUACGCAAAGGAUCAAGAUCGUAUCAAGUCCCAAAACCCGCGCAAAUAUCAAAGCAACCGUACGAAUUCAAUUAGCUCAUUGGGAAAUGGAACCCCCAGCACUGCCCAUUUGGACACUCAACUCUCUUCGUCACAGGCUCAAAAAGUCUCUUCUCACAAGGCCUCAAAUUCCAGCCAGUCUAUUGGUGCCCGUCCAACAUCUGUUCUUAGUGAUGAUGCCUCGUCUCACAGUCAUAAUGUAGCGCGUCUUGUUCAUAUGAACAAUGUGGCUAUGGAACAACGUGAGAGAGACUCUGGUAUUGAUCAACAACACGAUAAGGAUGUUGAACAAUUUGAAGAUGACUACGAUGAUGAUGACGAUGAUGAUGAAAACGACUUUUUGAACCGUGAAGAGCCUCCUUAUACUGCCGAGAUUGCUUCUGCUUCUGAUUCCAUUACUGUUGCACUCGAUAGUGUCCAAAAAGUUUUAAACUCUCUAUCUGACAGUAUAAAUCAUGGAACUCUCACUAAUGAUGAGCUUAAAACUGGUCUUUCCACUUUGGAGCAGGCCUUGAAUAUGACCACUACUUUGGUUAACCAGUACACUUCUCAUGUUAGCAACCGCGAAUUGUACUAUACCACCAAGCUGGAGCGCAGCAACCAACUUCAAGAUCUUUGGACUAAGUCUAUUCACGAACUUGAAGUGGAAAAGGCCAAGGUUCAAGAAGAGCUUCACAAGGCUAUUCAAAAGAAGCGCCAAGCAAACAAGGUUCUUCGCGAAGUGGCUGGUGGUGCUGCAGUUGGUACUGGUCUCUUGUCUCAUAGAACCAGUAUUGUUUACAAGCCGCGUCGUGAGUCCUUCAUUUAUCCUGAAAGUGAGACGGUGAUACAUAGCGAAAACGGCACUAAUGUUCCUGUUAGCAAAACAACUACUAAUGUCGAGGAAUCAGUGGCAGCACAAGCUGCUGCUGCUGCUGCUGCAACAUUAAUCCCAGUCGAUAGCACAAAGCUUAACUUGAAUGAUCUCAACAAUAAACUUCAAACAGUUGAAAUUGAAUCUGAGUCUGAAUCUGAACUCGAGGAUGAAUUCUUUGAUGCUUUAGGCAGCGGAGAUGAGGGAUAUAUUGAAGAGCCUCAGCCGCCCAACGUUAUGUCCAUUUACAACAAGGUUUCACAGAGGGGCCAUGAAGUAAAACAUGAUCUGCACAAGGAACAUGCUCAACUAAAGGAAGCUCCUUUGAGUACAAAUAUUUUACCUUCUGCUGUUGUUCAUCCUGCUCAACCUCAACAUCCUGCUCCAGUUCCUCCAGUUCCACAGACGCAACAAUACGAAUCAAUGCUUGCAACUCAGCCUCAGAUUCAACAACAACCUUUAACACAAGAAAAGGUUGUUGAACCCGGGUUUGGUGCGGCUGCUGAGGUACCUGCUACAACUGCAUCAGCUUAUGCACCAUCUCUAGUGGAGGGGAAGGUUUCCCCUCCUUCUUCAAGUGUUGCUCCUAGUGUUUUGGAAAAUGAGGAUACUUAUAAUUUGACUGAAGUGCAACGUGAGAAGCUUGAAGAUAUUGUCAAAGACAAUUCUUUUGCUGGAUAUGAAGACGGGCCUCGCAAGCGUCUUAAGAUGGACGGUGAUGACCGACCAAAGAUUAGUUUGUGGGGAGUUCUUAAGAACCUCAUCGGUAAAGAUAUGACUCGUAUGACACUGCCUGUGUCUUUUAACGAAUGUACCAAUCUUUUACAACGUUCUGCCGAGGAUAUGGAAUACACAUAUUUGCUUGACAAGGCUGCUGCUGCUGUUAGUGAUGCUGGUGAACGGAUGGCUUACAUUGCCGCUUUUGCAGCAUCUUCAUACUCAUCCACCACAGAACGUGUUGCUAAGCCGUUCAACCCAUUAUUAGGUGAAACUUUUGAGUAUGCUCGUCCUGAUCGCGGAUACCGCAUGUUUUCUGAGCAGGUUAGCCACCAUCCUCCUAUUGGAGCUCUUAUGGCCGAAUCUCCUCGUUGGGACUUUUACGGAGCUAGUAAUGUCAAGAGUAAGUUUUACGGACGAAGUUUUGACAUUAAUCCCCUUGGUUUGUGGUACAUUACAUUACGUCCCAACAAGGGCGAUGAUGUCGCAGAAGAAGAGGUUUACUCGUUCCGUAAGGUGACGUCAUCGGUUGUGGGUAUUAUUACGGGAAGCCCUGUUGUUGACAACUAUGGUGAUAUGGAAAUUAUUAAUUAUACAAAUGGGUACAAGUGCACCUUAAAGUUCAAGGCCCGUGGCUGGCGUAGCGAUGGUGCUUACGAGGUGCGUGGUACAGUAUUUGACAAGGCUGAGAAUCCUCAAUGGAUUGUGGGUGGACGCUGGAACGACAAGAUUUUUGGCAAGAAACUUGCGAGCAGAGAAGCUGAGUUAGUGAGCAAUGGUAAGGCUGGUGAUCUUGGAGAGAAAAGUAACCGUGUUUUGUUGUGGAAGGUGAACCCCAGACCCAAGGCGCCGUUCAAUUUGACUGCUUUUGCAAUUACAUUGAAUGACAUUCCCAACAGAUUAAUUCCAUGGCUGGCAUCCACAGACACAAGAUUUAGACCCGAUCAGCGGGCCAUGGAGGAAGGUCGGUACGAUGAUGCAGCAGAUGACAAGCACCGAGUAGAAGAGAAGCAACGUGACGCUCGUCGUAAACGAGAGGCUGAGGGUGUCAGUUAUUCACCACUUUGGUUUGAGCAAGUGAGACACCCUCUGUCUGGUCAAGAGUAUUGGCGCUACAAGGGCAACUACUGGGAGUGCAGAGCACAACAUGAUUGGGAAGGUGUGCCGGAUAUUUAUUAA